GUGAUGAAAUCGGCUGACGUGAUAGGAGUGGAAGAACAAAAAGCUAUUGAAGGGAGUGGUAUUAAAUCAGUGUUUUAAUAUUUAAAAAAAGUAAUAGUAUCCAACACAAAUUCGUGAGUGAGCGCUCCGGGGCUUUAUACUUUCUUUAGGUCAUAGUGGUAAGAGUCAUGGCUACGAAAUAGAACUCGAAAGAAAAAAUAAUUUGACUUUUGCAGCAUAUCAUAGGCGCUCUGACGUAUCACUGGUAUUACAGCUCCUAAAUUCCAAUUAUGAUUGACGAAAGCAAUGAGAUGACUGAAGAUUUUUUAAUGAUUACAUAUUUUACAUUCUUAAUGUAAUGUAUUUAAACUUUGCAUUCAUUUGUCCUUCCCACGACGAAAAUUCCAAUGCAACCUACGCUUAACCUUAACCUUCAACUACUCUACGCCUUUUGUACCGCACCUUGACUAGAUAUUGGCUACUUGUGUGAUGGAUUUUUUACUGGUUCGAAGAAAUUUAUCUGAGUCAUGAUUUUAAAUGUCGUCAGUCCCAAACAGCUCAUCUUUCUUCCCACUUCUUCUUGCGCUUCUUAUUCUUCUUUUAGAAAAGAGAGCUAGAUGACUUUAAAGUGCAAAUGGCAACACUUAUCCGACAUCAGUGAUCUUCCAGCAUAUGAUGAGUUAUCAUGAUUAGCUAUUUUUUCAACUUCUAUGAGGUUUAUUCGACAUAAGAUAUGCAUUCGACAUGAUCAUUGUCCCUAAAUCCGGUGAGAUGAGCUGAGCAUUUCGAAUCUGUUCGAAUCUUCGAUGUCAUGAUUGAAAAACGAACUGUGUUUUUUUAUUAGCAUUAUUGAUUAAUUAUAUAUUUCAUUAUUUGUAUAUUACUUUUCUGUUUAUUUCAACUAGUUUAUUUACGAACGAGAACGAGUAGUUUUUGGCAUAAUUAAGUUCAUAUUAUAUAUUAUCAUGUAUAAAAAAAGCGACAUUAGGUGCAAUUAUUUUUGUUGAUUUGGCAACUCGCCCCUUUAAACGACUUACACCGGUAAUACGUUGCCAAGGUUUUCGACAUUACAUGGUUUAUUUACAUUGUGUUGCCUUUUGAAAAUGGAGGAUCCAGAAACAAAUAACAUACAUUCAAACAUAAAAUGGAUUCCAUUAAGUAUCACAGCAGAAUAUCCUGAAGGUGAUCUCAUUGGAAAACUGCUAGCGUUUUCUUCUAUGGUUCCUCAUGCCCUUAUUGUCAGUUUUAUAACAUUGAUAUUGUUUAGAAGAGAUUUGCAUACGAUAUCAUACCUCUUAGGACUGGUGUUAAAUGAAGGCAUUAAUUAUGUGCUCAAACAUACUCUUCGUCAGGGAAGACCAUUAGUUAGACCUAGCCUCUUACAUGAGUAUGGAAUGCCAUCAUCUCACAGCCAGUUCAUGUGGUUUUUUACUACCUACAUGUUCCUUUUUAUUUGGGUACGCUUGAGACACAUUAGCUACACAAAUACCAUAUGGAUUUGCAUCUGGAAAACUGCCAUCUCAGUAGCAUGCCUUGUUGCAUCUAUCAUUGUUGCCAUAGCAAGGAUUUAUCUUCAGUACCACACUGCUUCCCAAGUAAUAGUAGGAGGAUUACUUGGAUCUGUUUUAGCAGUUUCGUGGUUCUUAUUUACGCAAUUCGCUCUAACGCCGUGGUUCCCAACUGUUGCAUCAUGGAGAGUGUGUGAAUGGCUAUUGGUGAGAGAUCAAACAUUAAUCCCUAACAUUAUCUGGUUUGAAUAUACGUCUCACCGGAGCGAGUCCAAACACAGAAGUCGAAAAUUGGUCUCCAUGAAGUCCCAGUAAAACUGGCUUGAAAAUAAUUUUGUGUUCAGUAGCUGCAGUGCAAUUGUUUGUCUGUUUACUGUGCCUACAAAUCUGUUAUUCUUGAAAGCCGGAUAUUUCGUGAAUAUUCUUUUUAGAAAAAACAUUUUUGAGUUGUAAUAACUCGUGCAAAUCAUAUUUGAUAUUCCAUUACAAUGGAAUACCUCACAAUUACACUGGUUGGAAAAGGGUCA